UUCACCAAGCCGGACCUGGACCUGCCCUCCGCCCCAGAGUCUGAAAGUUGUCCCCACCUCACCCACCAGUCUGGAGGUCACUUGGUCGCCGCCCGGAGUGGCCAAAACGCCCAUCACGGGAUACACCAUGCUCUAUACGCAGGUUGGGUCAGCAGAAGAACACGAGGUAGAGGUCACUGGUACGUCACAUGACCUCCAAGGCCUGGACCAGGUCACUGAGCACAGCGUGUGGCUCACCGCCGUCAACAGUAAUGGCGGGGGAGACGCCAUCCCGGAGGUCACUGCCAGAACCUUCUCAGACGUGCCCUCAAAGGAGCCUCAGAAUGUGAGCGUUGAGGCUGCCAGCUCAAGGAGCCUCAUCAUCCACUGGGAGCCUCCGCUGGCCGAGCACCAGAAUGGGAUCAUCACCAGCUGCAAGAUCCGCUACAAGGAGCGUGGCAAGUCAGGUUCCUCCAAGACCAGUGCCACAGAUGGAAACAGACGACUCUUUGCCCUCACAGACCUCAAGACUCCCCUCCCAAGCGCUCGAUACAUACGUACUCAAGAGACAGUAGCCAAUCACAGGAACCUCAACACCAGUGCAGCACGUGGCCCGUGACAGAGGCAGGCGAUGUCUGUGACAGAGGCAGGCGAUGUUGUCUGCCCCACCGGGAGUACGGAGAUGAAGUGAGGAAGUUCAGGAGACUGAAUGUCACCUGAUGGUGUAGUGGGUGCUACAACACCUAGCAGCCCAUAUGUCCCAGCAGUGGUGCAGCGUCAGACCCUUAAACUUCCAGGCAGGAGACACAAGAUAAAAGAUUCUGAAGAAGCAAGACCAAGCAUAUAUUACUGGAUAGUUUGCAGAAAUGUGUAGAUUUCCUUGAAUAGUUUCAACCAGAAUGACUGCAAUAGCUGGAGCUUUUCAGGACUUUGUUGAAUAUUGCAGGGCAUGAAAUUCUGUAUUUCUUAUGCAUCAUUAAAGGUCUCUUUU